AAAAGUCUGCGUGGAUCUCCAGCCGUUUUCAGACACUAGCUACAAAAAUUGGACCUUCUCUUCUUUCAAUUCCAAAUUAUCUCGAGGAUGAUCCAUUUCUGCUGAGAAAUCGUUCUGUGUCGCUCCAGUGUUUUCUACUCUUUGGAUAUUCGGAUUCCGCGUGAUUUUUUUUUCUUUUUUUGGUUUUCAAGUGAGAGAUUAGAACAAGGAAUAGCUAUGGAGGCUGCAAGCGAGACUAGGUAUUGGUGUCACAUGUGCGAGAGAUCGGUGAAUCCAGAAAUUGAAGGCGAGAUCAUCAAUUGCAAUCUCUGUCAAGGUGGAUUUGUUGAAGAAAUGGAUAAUGCUCAAGACUCGGUUACCAAUGAAAAUGAUGAUCAUCAUCAGGCUGCGGAUUCUCUUUGGGCUCCGAUCUUGAUCGGGAUGAUGAAUAAUCAUGACCACCACACAAGAAACCAGAGCGACACACUUGAAGACGAAGAUGAUGAUGAUGAUAAUGAUGAGCAGAACAAUGAUGGUGAGGUUGAUUUGGAUCAGCAGCUCGAUGAGAUUAUGAGGAGAAGGAGAAGCCAUUCGGCUGCGAUCCUUGAUCUGCUUCAAGGGAUUCGAGCAGGUUUAUCUGUUGUGUCCGAGAGCAACGAGGAUAAUUCGGACAACGAGCUUGUCGUCUUGAUCAACUCGUUUAACCAGAGGAUGAGGAUUCAAGAAUCUGACAACGACGCAAACUCUGUUCCUCCUUCUGGAUCUUUGGGUGAUUACUUCAUUGGACCUGGAUUCGAGACGUUGCUUGAGCGUUUGGCUGAGAAUGACACUAACAACAGGUAUGGGACACCUCCGGCUACAAAAGCAGCGGUUGAGUCGUUGGCGACGGUGAAGAUCGAUGAGAGUUUGUUGCAGUGUACUGUGUGUUUGGAUGAUUUUGAGAUUGGGAUGGUUGCGAAAGAGAUGCCGUGUAAGCAUAGGUUUCACAGUGACUGCUUGUUGCCAUGGCUUGAGCUUCAUAGCUCAUGCCCUGUGUGCAGAUGUCUGCUUCCUGCAACAGGUCAUGAUGAUGAGCCAAAGACCGAUGCAGAGACUUCGAGAAACGAUGGUAACAAUGUCGAUACCAGUGUUGCUUCUACAGAGAGCAGUGGAACAUCGUUAGAGUCAGGUUCAAACAAUUCAUCAGCUAGCUAAGUAAGGUGCACAAUGUGAGAGAGGUCAAUGAACAGAAGAUAGUUGUGGUGAAGGAUUUUGUGAUUAGUUAUUACUUAGUGGUGUUGUUGUUAUUUGGCUGCACAUAAUUUCUCAAAUUUCGGUGGAAAAGUGGAUGCUUUCGAAAUAAUUACGAGUCUUUUUGUUUGUUUGACUUUU